GCCGCGCAUGUGCAGAGAUGUCAAACUCAACAGCGACAGACUGGAAACUUAGCGAUAAUACCAUAAUCCACCCACGGUGAAAAGACGCCCUUAAUAACGUAUUAUUUAUUUUUAUCUAUUUUUCAACUAUGGGAACUAAACCUAAACUAGGAAAUAUAUCUGUUGGUGCAUUGUUGAGUGGGAGUUUUUCUCGUUUUCAGACGGUGUUUAGUGACUGAAAACAGUUAGCUGGACUCUUGACAUUCCGUGGACUGGAAAAAUGUGAUUCAGGAAAUUCAGGCGUCGUUUCGCUCGUCCGGUUGUUUACAGGUUUUUCGGUCGAUUCUUUUACACAAAUAAAGUACACUUUGGGUCGUCGCAGUCUUGGGAUCAAACAAAAUUGCGAGUGGACAGUGACACGUAGCGCGCUAGGCUAAAUUAGCAUUUAACGGGUGAUUUGUUGUUCAGAAACUUCUACAUAAGACUCUUUAGAUCACUACAUACACAACACAAAAACGACAUUGCGUAAGUGAAUCCAAAUGAGCCACAAUUGUCGGUCAAUGUAGUUUAGUUUUGCCUGACUUCAGAUCAGUUAACUUACGGUUCUUAUGGGAUGUAAAUAAUAUGCUGUAAGUGAAAAGAUGAUGAUGGCUCGGGAGAAUGGACGUUUGUCAUCAGAUGACACUAUGAGUGUGAGGACUCUGGGCAGUCAGUUUGAUGAGGAGAGCUCUUUCGGAUCGGACUCUGAGAUCGAUGGAUUUACCAGCUCAAGAAAUACUGACAGAUAUGGAUUUAUCGGAGGAGCCCAGAAGUAUUCACCCGAAUCGGCUCAAGAUGUUCCUCUGGAGGUGUUAAGACACAGAGAAUUAAAAUGGUUGGACAUGCUGAACCACUGGGACAAAUGGAUCAGUAAAAGGUUCAAAAAGGUCAGACUUCGAUGUCAGAAAGGAAUCCCACCAUCAUUACGGGGCAGGGCAUGGCUCUACCUAUCAGGUGGAAAAGUGAAGAGGGAACAAAACAUUGGGAAGUUUAAGGAGCUGGAUGACAUGGCCGGAGACCCUAAAUGGGUUGAUGUGAUCGAGAGAGACCUACACAGACAAUUCCCCUUUCAUGAGAUGUUUGUGUCACGAGGAGGUCACGGGCAACAGGAUCUCUUCCGGGUGUUAAAGGCUUACACCCUAUACAGGCCAGAGGAGGGUUACUGCCAAGCUCAGGCUCCUAUAGCAGCAGUGCUGCUGAUGCACAUGCCAGCGAGGUAAACCCGAAACAUCGAUGCAUUUUGGGGUCUGGUUCAGAUUUGUGAGAAGUAUCUGCCUGGAUAUUACAGCACAGGCCUGGAGGCAAUUCAGUUGGAUGGGGAAAUCCUGAAUGCACUACUGAAGCGUGUGAGCCCUGUGGCGUAUCGGCACCUUGACAAGCACAAGAUAGAGCCCAUCCUCUACAUGACAGAGUGGUUCAUGUGCGCCUUUUCCAGAACUCUACCCUGGGCCUCUGUGCUAAGAGUGUGGGACAUGUUCCUGUGCGAUGGAGUUAAGAUCAUUUUCCGUGUUGGGUUGGUGCUGCUGAAGUGCAUGGUGGGAUCUCGUGAGAAACUAAAGGCUUGUGCUGGUCAAUAUGAGACUAUGGAGCUUCUCAGGGCACUGGACCCACGAUACAUGCAGGAGGGCUAUCUCGUACAACAGGUCUUAGAGCUGCCCAUAUCUGCUCGGGACGUCGAGCGAGAGCACCGCAUACAGCUCAAGCGCUGGCGAAAAACUCACGGCGAGCUCAGCUACAAGUCCGCUCCCAGGCUGCACGGCGCAUAUGCCAUCAUGGCCGCUGAGCCACACACCCGACAAGACCUUCGUCAGAACCCCACCAUCAUCGUUCAGAAUCCCCUGGACUCGGAUCCUGAAUUCAGUCGCAAAAAGAGAGGCACCAUCCGAAAAGCCCCGAUUCCUCAUGUAGACGUCCCUAACCCCUAUGCCUUACCUACAGACCUCAAACCAGCCCCUAUCAAUAUUGAGCCGGAGAAACAAGACCAUCUCAAGCAAGCACCAUCCAACAAUCUACACAAUAUGCAACCUUCUCCAUCACAACAGCGCUCUUUACUUACUACACAAGAGAAGACGCCCGAGAACCAAGACCAUCUCAAGCAAACACCACCAUCCAACAAUAUACCAAAUAUGCAACCUUCUCCAUCACAACAGCGCUCCUUACUUACUACACAAGAGAAGACCCCCGAGAAACAAGACCAUCUCAAGCAAACACCACCAUCCAACAAUAUACCAAAUAUGCAACCUUCUCCAUCACAACAACGUUUCUUACUUACUACACAAGAGAAGACCCCCGAGAAACAAGACCAUCUCAAGCAAACACCACCAUUUAACAAAAUACCAAAUAUGCAACCUUCUCCAUCACAACAGCGCUCCUUACUUACUACACAAGAGAAGACGCGAGAGAAACAAGACCAUCUCAAGGAAACACCACCAUUUAACAAAAUACCAAAUAUGCAACCUUCUCCAUCACAACAGCGCUCCUUAAUUACUACACAAGAGAAGACGCCCGAGAACCAAGACCAUCUCAAGCAACCACCAUCCAACAAUCUACCAAAUAUCCAACUUUCUCCAUCACAACAGCGCUCCUUACUCACUACACAAGAGAAGACGCCCGAGAAACAAGACGAUCUCAAGCAACCACCAUCCAACAAUCUCCCAAAUAUCCAACUUUCUCCAUCACAACAGCGCUCCUUACUCACUACACAAGAGAAGACGCCCGAGAAACAAGACGAUCUCAAGCAACCACCAUCCAACAAUCUCCCAAAUAUCCAACUUUCUCCAUCACAACAGCGCUUCGUACUCACUACACAAGAGAAGACACCCGAAAAGCAAGACCAUCUCAUGCAAACACCACCAUUAAACAAUCUACCAAAUAUCCAACUUUCUCCAUCACAACAGCGCUCCUUACUUACUACACAAGAGAAGACGCCCGAGAACCAAGACCAUCUCAAGCAACCACCAUCCAACAAUCUACACAAUAAACAGCUUUCUCCAUCACUACAACGCUUUUUACUCACUACACCGGAGAGCAUGCUAGCCGAGAAGAUAGUACCUCCUCCCGCCCCAACUGUGCCUCCUCCUAUCCCAACCACUUAUCCAUUCCAACCACCAAAACAUCAAUCCCCUCCAAGUGUCUUUCGCACACCACCACCGCCACUAUCUCCCAAACCCUCACCAGACCCCAAAUCUACAAACCCAGCGGAGAUCCUUCAACGCUUCAAUCAAGGACUAGCCGCGGAGCUGCCUCCUCCUCCCCCCAAAGACUCCACACCAGCAACAAAUACAAACAACUCUGCCCACCCAAUAAACUCAACUUUGAUUCUUCCAAACAACAAACCUGUGAAUGGGAAAUCCAUUCCCGUUGCUCCCAGAGCUCUCGGUUUAAGUCUCUCCUGUGAGAGCGUGGGUUCAGAGGACACAUACCUGUAGCUUUCCACGAUCACGGUAUAGUCGACAGGGAGAAUGCAGCAUUGGAAACCAGCAAAAAAUAAUUAUUUUGGUGAAAUUUAGAAUUUGGGGUUGACGGAUGCAGUUUUUACCCCACUACAAAAGUCUAUGAUUUAUGCAUGGACACCACCAAAUAUCUGCAUUGGCGACUUUUGGAAUCUUAUAGGAAAUAAGCAAGUGAUCGUUUUCUCAGUUUUGUUGAAUUCUGCUAAAUGGGCCGUGCAGAUAAUCUCCAUAUGACAUUCCUGGAUAAGUACUAAAUAAAGCUGAAUAAAUUGUCUAAAUCUCCAGUGUUCAAUCAUAAUCAAUCAGAAUUUAUAAUUCAUUAUAGUAUCUCAGUUACAGUAUUAUUUGUUGCUUAACAAUAUUAAGUCGUUAUGUUGCAAUAGUUCUGAUAAUAAAAUAUAUAUAUAUGACUCGCAAAUCUAACAGUCUUACAUUGUUAACUACAUUUUUACCACUAUUAUAGACGGUGACAUUUAUUUUUGUUUUGUGAACGCAGCCUCAAUUUUAACACAUGAUAAAGAAGCAUUGCAGUAUAUUUCAGUAUAUAGUUCAGUAAAUGCGAUGACUGAUGGGAAGCUCAUUAUGAGUUUACAAGGAAAAUAUUCAAAGAGACAUAUGUCAAAUUUGAUGGCAUUUAAGGUGUAAUAGAUAUGAUGUUGAAAAGUGGUGCGGUAUGACAACACGUAAUUAUUUUGAAGCAAAUGUGGGAGAAACUAAGGACUGUAAAGGUAUUUCAUCUCAAGCCACCAGAUGGUGUGCUUUCAUUACAAAUGAUCCAUUUCAGUUUUUGACCACCAUCUGAAAAGUUGUGUUACAUUUGGGACUUUGCAUACAUUUAUUAUUUGUACAAAACAGACAUCAUCUGAGAAGAGUGGUGUGUUACAUUAGAAAACUAAACUAAAAGUGCUUUGUUCGGUCAGAACUUGUGAUCGGAUGUUAUAGGGAGUCGUAUUUUUUUUAAUAAUAGCUCGGAACAUUCAAGUAUGUAAGAUUUUCAGUUUAUCUUAUACUUUUCUUUGAAAUGAUGGGAGCAGUGUUUCAGUUAAUUGUGCUUGAAAUGACUUUGGCGAGAACUUUGGUUUGAAUGUUUAAUAUAUAACCAACAACUGACUGUCGCAUUAUGUAGAUUUUGUACAAAUAAAAGCACUUAUAAUCAGA